CUAGAGUCACAUCAUCUUUUGGUUUCCAGAUAGCCGAGCAGCAGGAGGAGAGCAGAGAGCUCACGACAAUGGCAAACAACAAAUUCUUUAUUGUCAUAGUUUUUCUGUGCAACCUGGCUGUGGCACUCACGGAGGCCCAUGUGUCUUGCUACAGGAUCGAACCGGGGACGAUAGCAGGCAUCAUCUGUGCAGAUAUACUGCUGACCCUUGUCAUUGUCAUCGUCACCUACCAGUGUGCCAGCUAUCGGCGUCAGAAGAUAGAUAAAGCUGACAAAGUGUACAUGAAUGUCCGAGCCAACUGCAAGAGCUAAUCUGAAGGUGGUGCAGUACAUUCAAAGAUGAUGUUCCAUUUUUGAAAUCAUGUCAUCAAUAUAUAUAUAUAUA